GGUAACUUCCGGCGCUAGGACCCAGCGGUCUCUGGCGGCGCCUGCCCUCCAUCCGGCGGUCACUGUGCUUCCCUGUGGCCGAAGAGAGGCUCCCUCAGUCCGGCCACUCUCUCGCCAGACAGUCCACGCCGACGGAGCGUCACUUUUUGAAUGAAACAGGAGCAAGUGAAGCAAAGUGGAGGGAAAGGACGAACCAAACGGACAUUUUGAUAAUAUGGACGCCGAACGCCAAAGCGACGUGGUGGAGCGUCUGGUCAACGAGCUCGGUGGUCUGCUGAAGAUGUUGGACCAUGAGAGCGUCAGCCCCGCCACCGCAGACAAGAUGGCGUCCGUACGCAACAUCCUGGACGCGCUGUCAGUCAGCGGAUCCGAUGUCUACAUGAACAGCUGUCUCUAUGGCAACGGCACCAGCUUCGUCGAGUCUCUGUUUGACCACUUUGCAGACUGUGAUCUGCAGGCGCUCAGCACCUCUCCUGUCCAGCAGAGGGAGCCCACCGAGGAAGAGGAGGAGACACCCCCGAACAAAUCGAUGCCCACUGACACGCCCCCUCCACUGCCUGCCACGCCCCUCCCUGAGGACUACUACGAAGAGGCGGUUCCGCUUCACUCAAGCUCCGCCCCCCAGUACUUCACCACCAACAUGGACCCAGCUUCCAGGAACUCCGAGGAAGACGCCUACUACGAAGAUGCUGACAACAACUACCCCACCACCAGGAUCAACGGGCCUCCCAAAAACUCCUAUAACGACUCCGACGCUCUGAGCAGCUCCUACGAGUCCUACGAGGAGGAGGAAGAGGAAGCUAAAGGGCAGGGUCCUCCUCAAAGAUGGGCCGCAGAAGGUAGUCCGGACGGCCCGGUCCAGGACUGCAGGAUUUGCGCUUUCCUGAUGCGGAAGAAGCGCUUCGGCCAGUGGUCCAAACAGUUCGUGGUGGUCCGAGACAGCAAACUACAGUGCUACAAAAGCAUCAAGGAGAGCACCCCCCACACAGAGCUCCCUCUCAACCUGUGCAACGUUAUUUACGUCUACAAGGAGGGUCGCAAGAAGAGACACGAGCUGCGCUUCUCUCUGCCGGGCGGAGAGGUUCUGGUUCUGGCUGUGCAGAGCAAGGAACAAGCUCAGAGAUGGCUCAAAGUCGUGCAAGACGUCGGCAGCCAUUGUGGCAACAUGGACGGCCUGAGCGGAUCCACCUCUCCCGUAGUUCACAGGAAGGCGGAGCUGGACAAGGCUGACAAGCACAUGUCAGACUCGGACAGCGGACCGACAACAGACGGUCAACAAGCCCCACCUGGACCUGGAUCGGGACCCGGACCUGGACCUGGACUUGGACAAGGACGGGAUGCUACCGACACACUCAGCAAAGGAAAACGCGGUGCAUUCUCGGAGCUGACGGGAUCGAUGAGCCGAGCGGCCGGGAAGAAGAUCAACCAAAUCAUCACCUUCUCCAAACGCAAGACGCCCUCCGGUCACCAUGACGACCCUCGUUGCGGCUAUCUGAGCGUGUGCGUGGGCGGAGUCUGGAAGGAUCGCUGGUGCGCGGUGCGAGCGGGGAGCCUGCACCUGCUGAGGGACCCGGGGGACCAGCGGCCUCCCGUCAUGGUGGUCCCCCUGAGGGGGGCCGAGGUGGUCCCGGGGGACUGUGGCCCCAAGCAUCCCUUUUCCUUCCGCAUCCUUCAGGGAGGCGUGGAGCUGGCGUCCUUGGAGGCCGGCUGCUCGGAGACGCUGGGACGCUGGCUGGGGGUCCUGUUCGCCGAGACGGGCAGCGCCACGCUACCCGAGGAGCUUCACUACGACUACAUCGACGUGGACACGUUGACGGACAUACGCCACGCCGCCAGACACUCCUUCCUGUGGGCCACCUCCGCCGCCGCCGCCGCCGUGGACCCCGCCACGUAUGACGACGUUUACGAGAGUGUGGAGGACGACGAGGACGAGGGCAGGGCCAAGGGCGGCCCGGUGAGACGCCACGCCUCCUUCUCCAGCAGGGACUCCGAGAAGACGGAGCAGCAGGCCGCCAUCAAAAGACACGCCUCCAACGUCAACCAGUACGGACGCUACGGGAAACUGCGAGCGGAGGAGGACGCCAGACGCUACCUGACGCAGCGGGAGGAGCUGGAGGGGCAGAAGGAGCGGCUCAGGAGCGCCCUCGUCUCCCUGCGCAGGGAGAAGAAGGACUUGAAGACCGGCGGCGGGACAGAUGGCGGCGUGGAGCGGCGGCUGGCCCAGCUGGAAGUGCUGUGCAAGCAGAAGGAGGAGGAGAGGGUGGAGCUGGAACUCCGACUGACCGAAGUCAAAGACAACCUCAGCAAGUCACUGGCCAGGGGACAGCUGGCUCCGCCCACAAACGCCACCGUCACCUCCAAGAAGCAGGACAAGAAAGUGGACAAAGUUUACAACGACAUCAUUCCCGUCAACUCCGCGUCCGAACUCCGCAAACGACCGCCAUCGCUCUACGCCUCCUCCAAAGUCAAUGUCAUGCAGAAGGCGAAGGAAUGGGAGUCCAAGACCAGCACGUAGACGCUGUGACGUUGACGGGAGACAAAGAGGAAGAGGAGACACUUUGUGUGGUGGACCACGUGGGCGGAGUCACGCAUAGAGGCCCCUCCCCCCUCAGCUCAUCUACAUAUCGUAAGGACGUCAACGUGACUGGCACUGACUGAC